UGAGCUUUGCGGGCGGGUGCGGGGCGCGCGCGGCUGCGGGGCGCUGUGGCGGGGGCCGGGCUGUACGCCAGCCGAGCCGGGAUCGGGGCGGGGAGCAGCCACGGCGCCGCCGAGGCCUGGGGCCGGGACGCUGCGCAUAGCCUGGGCGCCGAGUAGCCAGGCCGGGCCGGGCCGGGCGGCGGGCGGCGGUGGCGGCGGCGGUGGCGGAGCAGCUGCGCCCCUGCCCUCCCAGGCCCGGCGCCCGGGCUGCUGGCGAUGGUGACACAUGCGGCGGCGGCGCGCCGGCGGCAGGACCAUGGUUGAGCGCGCCAGCAAGUUCGUGCUGGUGGUGGCGGGCUCGGCGUGCUUCAUGCUCAUCCUCUACCAGUACGCGGGCCCGGGGCUGAGUCUGGGCGCGCCCGGUGGCCGCGCGCCCCCCGACGACCUGGAUCUCUUCCCCACGCCGGACCCACAUUACGAGAAAAAGUACUACUUCCCGGUGCGCGAGCUGGAGCGCUCGCUGCGCUUCGACAUGAAGGGCGACGACGUGAUAGUCUUCCUGCAUAUCCAGAAGACCGGCGGCACCACCUUCGGCCGCCACCUAGUGCAGAACGUGCGCCUCGAGGUGCCCUGCGACUGUCGCCCGGGCCAGAAGAAGUGCACCUGCUAUCGGCCCAAUCGCCGCGAGACCUGGCUCUUCUCUCGCUUCUCCACCGGCUGGAGCUGCGGGCUGCACGCUGACUGGACCGAACUCACCAACUGUGUUCCCGGUGUGCUAGACCGCCGCGACCCAGCAGGUCUGCGUUCGCCCAGAAAGUUCUACUACAUCACCCUGCUGCGAGACCCCGUAUCCCGCUACCUGAGUGAAUGGCGACAUGUACAGCGUGGGGCCACGUGGAAGACCUCCUUGCACAUGUGUGACGGGCGCACACCGACCCCAGAGGAGCUGCCACCCUGCUACGAGGGCACAGACUGGUCGGGCUGCACGUUGCAGGAGUUCAUGGAUUGCCCCUACAACCUGGCCAACAACCGGCAGGUGCGCAUGCUGGCUGACCUCAGCCUGGUGGGCUGCUACAACCUGUCUUUCAUUCCCGAGAGCAAGCGGGCCCAGCUGCUGCUGGAGAGCGCCAAGAAGAACCUGCGCGGCAUGGCCUUCUUCGGCCUCACGGAGUUCCAGCGCAAGACGCAGUACCUAUUUGAGCGGACGUUCAACCUCAAGUUCAUCCGGCCCUUCAUGCAGUACAACAGCACGCGGGCGGGCGGUGUGGAGGUGGAUGAGGACACUAUCCGGCACAUCGAGGAGCUCAACGACCUGGACAUGCAGCUUUAUGACUAUGCCAAGGACCUCUUCCAGCAGCGUUACCAGUACAAGAGACAGCUGGAGCGCAGGGAGCAGCGCCUGCGCAAUCGCGAAGAGCGCCUCCUGCAUCGCUCCAAGGAAGCGCUGCCACGGGAGGACACGGAAGAGCCAGGCCGCGUACCCACCGAGGACUACAUGAGCCAUAUCAUUGAGAAGUGGUAGUAGUGUCAGGGGCAGAGAGUGAUGGGCAAGAAUUAACAGGGAAAGAAGUGGGGCCAACAGUUGUUGCUGUUUGGUGCCGCGGGAACCGUGCUAGUAGGCUGCCCUAGACCUUGAUGGAGCAGGGUAGGACCUCUGGGGCAGAUGGCCUCCCUGCUGUCCUGGCCCCUGUGUUACAGUUAAAACUGACAAAGAUUUGAAAAAGACUGGCGAGGGGACGUGUCUGCCCAGCUGAGACUCCCACACCUACUAUGCACGCACCGGCCCCCAAUGACCAGCCCGCUAGGAACAUGUUACUAGCUCCUAAUAGCUUGGUUGAAGCUCCUUGGUCUUUGGGGACCCUAAUACCCCCAGAACCUUGGGGAGCCUUUUCUUUUGAGAAUACAAGCAUAUCUCUGAGGCGUCCUCAGACCUGGAGUGCUCCCCAACCCCCACCUAUCAAAGCUGCUUUCAAGGUCAGGGUCAGCCCCAGCUAUGGCCGAGAUGACUCAAGUCUGGCACCUGGCUACUGCACUCCCUGGGCCAUGAUCAGAAUCCACCGCAUAUCCUGGCUUUGGGGGAACCAGGUUCAAGCAGGGAAGGGAUGGACACCAAGAAUGCCCCCCACCAAUCCCUAUGCUUUCUGAUGCACUGCCCCUCCCCCAUCACUGAAACAUUUAUACAAGGGCUUGUGUGCCAAUGUUCCUACCAUACCAGCAACUCUUUCAAUCCCAUGCAUAAAAGCAUCCUUUGGCUGGGAUACAGGGCCACAUCAACCUGAGUUUGUACUGGAUGGCCGGGAUGGGGACUUUCCUAUUCUCAGCUAAGAUUGGAAGAAACCAUUCUGGAUGUCCUUUCUGGGGCUUGUUUGCAUAACCCUCCCCAUCCUGGCUCUCCCUACACCUUCCUACCCUUCACCAAGUCUGACCCGGCUAUUUCCAGCAGCCCCGUGAACCAGCCAGGGACCGUAUUAGAAGCCAUGUUGCAUAUUAAGUUCUUUUUUUUUUUUGGCCUAGUGCCCUAUCCCUUACGUUCUUUAAGAGGCCCUGGCAAGCCCUUAGUGGAGGUGCCAUGACUUUUUUGGAGUCCAUAUGCAUGCAGCCAAUGGUUGUGAGCUGACCCUGAGAUAGGACAGGGCCCACUCCCUGCCUCUGCCUCACUCUGCACUCAGGCUAAGAAGGGGAGGGUCACCACAGACAGGAGUCGGGGCCAUUAUGUAGCACAGCAAUAUUCUAGAUGUUGGCAGGUGUCACUGCUGCCCCAGAGCAAUGGCUUAAUCUUCACAUGGGUGUGGUAUAGGAUCAGGCACUGGGCACUUGACCUUGGGGUCCGGGGGCAAGAUGAGUUCUGAUUGUGCACUGUCUGGCCCAAUCUAGGGCCACCUUUAUGGUGGUUGAUCACUCUGAAGAUGUGGGUGGCAAGAUGAGUUAGAAGGUCAAGGUCACUGAGAAGAAUUGGCUUAGAUGGCCAAGUUUAGAGUGAAUAUAUUAUCUUUGGGGAGCCUGGGGCAUUUUGGGGAACCCAUGGAUCUCUUACAGGUCAUUCUGGUUGCUGCCACUUCUGUCAGGAAGCACCCCAGCUCCACGUUACCCCUCCCCCCUUCACAACCUUCUGUGUACCCGACCUAAACAUAGGCUCUGUCCUAUACAUACUGGAAUAGGUUUUAAUGUAGCCCCGUCAUCCUGACUCACACGGAAGCACGGGUCUCUCCUCACUCUUUGCUGCAUUUGAAAAAAUAUUCCCUCCCAUCUCAGGCCAGCGCCAGGUUGAAGCGCCCUCAGUCCCUCAACUGUCCACCCCUGCCUGAGGCUCAGGCUACCAGCUUUGGGACACAGCUUCCUGGUACUCGCGGCAUCUCAGAACAGGGUGCUCCUCCAGCUCCGAGGACUCUGCCUACAGGGCCGUUCCCCGGCAAGCCGAGAACUCAGUCCCCAGGCACCCUGCAACCCUGCAGACACCCCCUCCUAGAGUGGGAAGCAGGGAACCUGCCCAGCUGACGCGUCUGAACUGGAACUGUCUCACUUGAACCCGGGAGCUUUAAAACUUUAUUUAUUUAUAGCUUCUUAUUAAAAAAUUUAAAAAAAAAAAGCGCUGAGAAGGAAUCGUUUUGGUUAUUCAUACGGAAUUGAUCAUGGAAAAGCAAAACUGGUUGGUUGUCUUCUAAUUGUCUUUGCCUAGAUGGAGUCUGAACAUUAGCGGAUGAAUAAACCCUGAAAAGGUCA